AGCGACGGUGAGAGUAUCGGCAACUGUCCCUUCUCCCAACGUCUGUUCAUGAUCCUCUGGCUUAAAGGAGUCGUGUUCAACGUCACCACCGUCGACCUCAAGAGGAAACCGGCUGAUCUGCACAACCUGGCUCCGGGGACACACCCUCCGUUUCUGACGUUUAACGGAGAGGUCAAGACUGAUAUCAACAAGAUCGAGGAGUUUCUGGAGGAAACGCUCAGCCCUCCGAAGUAUCCCAAACUGGCCGCCAAGCAGAGAGAGUCCAACACAGCUGGAAAUGACAUCUUCGCCAAGUUCUCAGCCUACAUCAAGAACACCAAACCAGAGGCCAACGCUGUUCUAGAGAAAGGUUUAACCAGGGCCCUGACGAAGCUGGACGACUACCUGAGCAGCCCUUUGCCAGAUGAGAUCGAUGCAGACAGUAUGGAGGAGGAGAAGGGAUCCAAUCGAAGCUUCCUGGACGGGAAUGAGCUGACUCUGGCAGACUGCAACCUGCUGCCCAAACUGCACAUAGUGAAGGUUGUCGCUAAGAAGUAUCGCAACUAUGACAUUCCCUCGGACAUGACGGGGGUGUGGCGGUAUUUGAAGAACGCCUACACACGUGACGAAUUCACUAACACCUGCGCUGCCGACGCUGAGAUCGAGAUCGCCUACAAAGACGUGGCGAGAAGAUUGGCCAAGUAACCCGGCGACCGACCUCCGGCUUUAAACACUAGGAACGCAAUGACACAUCGCUCAAACACACACACACAACACACACACACAUAUACGACUGUUCUCCUCAGUCUUCCACGGCGGUGUUUUUUCAGGAAGCCGAAAUUGCCGUCUGUCAUAGUUAAGAGGUCACAUGUUGCAGAUGUGGGGGAUUCCGAACAUAUAUAUGGUGGUGCAAUCACAGAAAUGCUUUCAGUCAAACAUUAUUCUGUCUGUCUGUAUUUAUUUCUCAUAACACAAAGCUCUUUCAUACAUAUAUACUCCACUGGUCCACACAGCCAAACAUUUUACUAGCUGCUGAUGUCAGGGUCGUUCACUUUAUUUAUUCCUAAGCCCUCAGAAGUCUGGUCGGACUCCAGUGUUUAUUAUCAAGUUCUGGCUCCUGUGAGACACCUACCUUGGUUCAUCCAGUGAUGAUUGAUGCAAAUUGUUUACUGAAUAUGACCGUUUAUGAUCUGCGAGAUUCCUUUGUUGAUUGUCAUUCGAUAGGUGCUGCUGUAGUUGUGUUUUCUUCAGCUUAUAUACAGACGGGUGACAAAUUAAAGGAAAAAAACAAAAAAAAAACAG